UGUGGGGAGCUGGGUGGACUGAGUAUUGUAGGAUAAAUAUUCAGAAAUUGGGGUAACUUAGGUGAGUUCGGUUGGUAUCUGUGCAUCAUUUGGAAUGGCACUAAGCAUUUGCAUAAGGUUAUCACAUUUAAGCUGGUGACAAGCACUCCUUAGGUAAAUGCAGCUCAAGCUGGCCCGGGAGUGCACAUCUUUUCAGCAAGCAUGGUGCAAAAAUACACAUCACCCAUUCGGGUGUAUAAAUACCCAUUCGAACUAGUAAUGGAGGCGUACGAGCGGCGGUUUCCCACCUGCGACAUGAUACCCAUCCUGGCCAACACCGAAAAGGUGGUCGAAGAGAAGAGCGAGGACGGCGCCGAGCACGUGGUCGAGCGCAAGUGCAGCCUGCACGUAGACGUGCCCUACCUCCUGAAAAAGAUCAUGGGCGUCGAGUACAUCUACUUCCGUCAGAAAAACUCGCUGGACCGACGCGCGCGCACACUGCACAUCGAGGCCUGGAACGAGAGCUACGCCACGCGGGUCGUCAUCAGCGAAAAUUGCCGGUAUACGGUGCACCCAGAAAACCCCGACUGGACGUGUUUUGAACAGACGGCCAGUCUGGACGUCAAGUCGUUUUUCGGCUUCGAGAGCACGGUCGAGAAGAUUGCCAUGAAGCAGUACUCGGCCAGCAUAUCCAAGGGAAAGGAGAUCAUCGAGCACUUUAUCGCCCAGCUGCGGGAGGAGGGCAUCACUCACGUGGCGCCGUUCGAGGGUGCCAGCACGGCAGUGCCGGCCGUCACCGUCACCGAAGACCAGGAACAAAGACGCGUGCGUACGGACCUGUCUGAUCUGGAGCUGUCGGGCGCCGACAAUGACUCUGAGAAUCAGCUGGUGUCGGCCACGCAGCUGCACCGGCGCCGAUCCACUGCCGACACGGCGGCGCCGCGCCGGCCGCUGCCGCCUGCUCUGAGUCCCGGCCGCCGCCACUCCGUCUCCGCCUGCAUCGUCCUCGACGGCAGGAGUCAGCUGGAAGCGGAUUACAUUCAGCGUUGCCUUGGCAACCUGACACCGCUGCAGGAGAGUCAGCUGAUUCAGCUGCGCACCAUGGUCUCCGAGCUGGUGAAAGGCAAGACCCCGGGCGACGCCACGCUGCUGCGGUUCCUUCGCGCGCGCGAGUUUCACGUGGAGCGUGCCCGUGAGAUGAUCAGCGCGAGCCUGGUGUGGCGUAAAAAGUACCAGGUGGACCGCAUUCUGCAGGAGUAUCAGUCGCCGUCGGUGGUGCGCGACCACUUCCCCGGCGGCUGGCACCACUCGGACAGAGACGGCCGUCCUCUAUACGUCCUUCGGCUGGGACAGAUGGACGUCAAGGGCCUCAUCAAGUCCAUCGGAGAGGAGGGCCUACUCAAGCUGGUGCUGCACAUCUGCGAGGAGGGUCUGCGGCUGGCGGAGGAGGCCACGAUGCGCGAGGGCCGUCCCAUCUGCUCGUGGACGCUACUGGCAGACCUGGACGGACUCAACAUGAGACACCUGUGGCGCCCCGGCAUCAAGUGUCUGCUGCGCAUCAUCGAGAUAAUGGAGGCCAACUACCCGGAGACGAUGGGCCGCGUGCUGAUCAUCCAGGCGCCGCGCGUCUUCCCCAUCCUCUGGACACUCGUCUCCACAUUCAUCGACGAGCGCACACGCGACAAGUUCCUCUUCUGCGACGACGACGACUUCGAGCACGGCCUGAAGGUGUACAUCCCCGAGCAGCACAUCCCCGUCUUCCUUGGCGGAAAGGCAGAGUGCGGGAUCAGCGAGGGCGGCCUCAUCCCCAAGACCAUGUACAUGCCGAUCGAGGAGCUGGAGAAGCAGCGGGCUGAGCUGUGUGGCGACAUGGACUCCAUCUACCACUGUGUCAGCCUGGCGCGUGGACAGGUUCACGAGGUGCUGAUUCUGAACGACGACCGCGGCUCGGUCAUCUGCUGGGACUUUGACAUCAUGAAGUCGGACGUGGCUUUCUCCGUGCUGCGCACCAAGGUGCCCAUCACACACAAAGACGAGGCGCACGCGCACGCCCACUCCGGUCCGCUCCAGGUGCUGGACUCACUGAACCCGCUGUCGGAGGACGCCGAGCACCGGUCGGUGAUCGACAAAAACUGGAAGGAGGGCGUCGACUACUUCCGAGUGGAGCCCACACUCAUCUGCCACGACGGAGAGAGUGUGCAGGGCACACACGUGACGGCCCACCUGGGCACCUACAUCCUGCAGUGGCGCUACCAGGAGUCGGCCAGCGGACACCACGGCUCGCCACUCGAGCUCAUUGACUCCAUUACGGCGCACAAGGCGCGCAUCAUGUACUUCUACGAGACGCUCCGCUCGGCCGACUACAAGGGUUCGAUGACGUCGCUCAACUCGGGCACGUCGGGCUUCUCGUCGCUGUCGUCCCACUCUCACCGCGUGCCGUCGACGGCGGCGUCAUCGGCCGUCAGCAGAUGACGCCGGUAGUCGCUCCCCGGAGCGGAGUCACAGAGCGGAGCAGUCUGCCGCCGCUCGACCCGUGGGCGGCCCCGUCCGCGGCCGGCCGUCCACACCAGCUCUGCACGGGACGCGCGCCGGCAGUCACCGGCGCCACCGGACCGAUCCAGUGCGCGGCGCCAGAGAGCGCCGCCACGGCCUGCUAGUUAGAAUCACUGACGACGGAGCGCACGCUCAUAGGCUCCGACACGCGUUUAAAUUAUUUUCCGUCAGACGCGCGAGUUUUAGAGGCGAUGCAUAGUGAAAUGGACGUCAGUAUAAUGUAGUUGUUAGAGGUGACAUAAUUCUCCUGCGGCGCCCCGUGGUUAAUCGUUAAGCAGUCGAUGUGAUCCCCAUAUGUUAGUCGCGCGGGACGGUUUGGUACAAAUGCGACUCGCUGUGGCUCGACGUGUGGAACUGUUGACCCCUUCGGCAUCCGUGCCGAACUUGUUAGGCGUGCUACCAAUAUCCCCGUAUAUCUAUAUUAAUGAUACAUGUUAUACUAUUACCGACUAUUGGCAGAACCCUCCAGUGGCGGUCAGAGCAGUAGCGCUCGUCUCGCCACCUGUGGGCGGCUGCAGCAGUACAAUUUUGUGAUGGACUAUAGGGCGGCGCGGCGGUCGCUGUCAUGCUGCUGCUUUGGUUGUCUGUGCCGAGCUGGCGAAUUGGUGCGAUGUAGUACGAUACAUGGUCGGUGGCGAAUUCAGACGAAUGUGACAUAAUUGCGCCGGGCAGGCCGAGUGACCGGGACUGACAUGGCUUCCCCUCAAUUAACAGGUGUCCAGGCAUCUGUAAUGUGUUUGUGAUGUCAUGAAGUCGAUCGGUGGCAAUAAAAUAACACACUAA